UUUUUGGUUUGGGGUUUUGUUUUUUUUUUUUUGGUUUUUUACGGCGUCAACGAAGCCGGGUUUUAAAUCCUGAAAAUGUCGAGCUACAGCCGCCAUCGGCACGGAUCUCCUUCUCCCAAAAGUCGGCCAAUCCGUCAGAAAUUACAGUUCACAUGCAGCGACGGAGAGGACGACCUCAUCGAGGACAUCAACAACAGCACAGGGGGAGAGUCUGGCUUCACGGAGAUGGAUUCCCCGAUGCCACUGCGACGGAUCAUCGCCGACAAAUGCCUGGACGGGAGCAGCAGCCCCCUGAAUCAGUCCGGUGGGGACGAAGACGUGGAGCUAUGGGACGAGGAGGAGAGUUUUGGAUCCCCAACUCACCUGCAGUCACCCAGCAGUGUUAUAUUUGCCAACUGCUCGCCAUCCCCUCGGAAAAACUCUCGGCUGUUUAGAGGGUCUCCCUGUCGUCCCGGCUCUCCGGACGACGGGGGAUCCAGCUCCCCGAUCCCGGACUGUCCAGACACACCCCCGCACAAAACCUUCAAGAAACUGCGGCUUUUUGACACACCGCACACACCAAAGAGUUUAUUGUCCAGAGCUAGAAGCUCAGGCCCGGGGUCCUCCAGCAGGAGAGUUUCCUUAUUCAAGAAAGUGGACGUUUCAGGAAAGUCACUUAUUGACAAUGGCAGGAGACAGCAGACCCCCCUGGUCAACUUUAACCCCUUCACCCCUGACUCCCUCCUCAUUCAGUCUGCCACACAGCAGAGAAUCAACAGAAAGCGAGCACACUGGAAUGACUCCUGUGGAGAAGACAUGGAGGCGAGUGACGGUGAAGGAGAGGAGGAAGUGGUGCCACCAUCUAAGAGGAUCACAAUGAUGGAAAGCAACAUGACGUCCCGGUAUGCUUCAGAGUUCCUCGAGUUGGAGAAAAUCGGCUGCGGGGAGUUCGGUGCUGUGUUCAAGUGCGUGAAAAGGCUUGACGGCUGCAUGUAUGCCAUCAAGAGGUCAAAGAAACCUCUGGCGGGAUCAGUAGACGAGCAAAAUGCCUUACGGGAGGUGUAUGCUCAUGCCGUGCUGGGCCAACAUCCCCAUGUGGUACGCUACUACUCAGCCUGGGCUGAAGAUGACCACAUGCUCAUCCAGAAUGAGUACUGCAACGGCGGCACGCUGUCUGACGUCAUCGCAGAGAACUACAGACGGCUCAGCUACCUGUCGGCGCUUGAGCUGAAAGAUCUGCUUGUGCAGGUCACACAGGGACUAAAGUACAUCCACUCAACCUCUCUGGUGCACAUGGAUAUCAAACCAAGCAACAUCUUUAUUUCACGGAAAUCCAUAGUGAGCUGUGAUGAAUGUGACGAGGAUGAAGGACUGACUCCUACUGUCAUCUACAAAAUUGGUGAUCUCGGUCAUGUGACAAGAGUGAACAAUCCACAGGUUGAAGAGGGCGACAGCAGAUACCUGGCUAAUGAAGUUUUACAAGAGGACUACAGUAACCUGACAAAAGCAGACAUCUUUGCUUUGGCCCUGACUGUUGUCAGCGCGUCAGGGGCCGAACCUCUACCCACCAACGGAGAGAAAUGGCAUGAGAUCAGACGGGGCAAACUCCCCGCCGUUCCUCAAGUGCUUUCUCCAGAGUUUCUCAGUCUUCUUAAGCUUAUGAUCCACCCUGAUCCAACAAGGCGUCCAUCAACCUCUGACCUCAUCAAACACCCGGUACUUCUGACCACUGCCAGAAUGAGUGCUGAUCAGCUCAGAGUCGAGCUCAACGCAGAGAAGUUUAAGAACGCCCUGCUUCAAAAAGAGCUGAAGAAAGCCCAGCAGGCUAGAGCGGCAGCCGAGGAGAAAGUUUUAUCCACGGACAGGAUCUUAACCCGCUCCACAGUCCAGAACUCCAGAACCACCAGGCUUAUUGGGAAAAAAAUGAGCCGAUCGGUCAGCCUAACAAUCUACUGAGACUUUAUUCCAUCCCGAUAAGAAGUGAAACACGAAGGCUUAUGGACCUUUUAACCAGAACUGAUCACUUAAAAAAGAAAAAAAACAACUUUUUGUUUUGGAGGACAACCCUGUCAGUUGAGGAGUUGGGCUCCUCUGUCCAAUCAAAGCUGUAGAGUGUUGACGCACCAGACUUGAACUCAUCUCACUAGACUCUUUGCCAAUAUAGUUCAGUCCUUUCACCAGUGGACUUCUUUUUUUCUUUUUGAAAGGAAGGUAGUUGCUUUACCUUUUACACUUUGUCAUUCUUUAGGUUUGCAUAGAUGUCAGACAAUUCUCUCCAUUCCUGUCCUUGCACUUCUCUCGACUAAGUCGAAGCGCAUUUCAGCAGAUCAAAACUGCAGUGAAGCUUCCCCCCCCCC